CGACUGCCACGAGGCUUAGAAAAUAGAUUAGGACUGACGAGAGAAUGCUGACAAACGUGCGAAGAGAGCACCAUUGCAACUUCAUCACGAAAAAUGAGUCAUUGCACGAGUUGGAUUCCGUUGCUCAUUUGGACGGCAUCCACGACCCUGUCAAGCGUGCUUCCAACGACAUUUGCGACAGAGACGAAUCGCGUCGUUGACGGUGUGCACGUGAUAACGCUGGAUCCCGAGGGAGACCGAUUUCGAAGUUUUCGCGAGAACAACGAGCACUUGUUCCCGCGCAGCGACGUCGGCCCAAGUACUCCAUCUACACCAGGAGCGUCAGCAGACAGAGAAAAAAAUCCGGCGGUGGAAGCCGUGCGUGGGGUGAACGGCUGGCGUUUAGACAUGGAAACGUUGGUAGAGCGGGGUGUCGUGAGCCGCGAAAUGGCGGAGCGCACGGCGUAUUUCCAGACUCCCGGUCGGGCGGGGUGUUUGCUGAGUCACCUCAAGACUUGGCGCCGGAUCGUCAAAAGAGCAGAGAGGAAAAAACGAAAGCAGCAGAACCCCCGGGAGAACAACAAGGAAGACAUGCAGCUCCACCUUGUCCUGGAAGACGACGCCAUCACGAGCCCGUUUAUUCUCAGGGUUUUUGAAGUCGUGCCGAAAUUCAUUCGGUUGCUAGCUGAGAAGAAGCACAACCUCGAUUUUUUGCACUGCGGCCCUAACCUUGACGGCAUGGUGAUUUCCGAGCCCCCGGGGGGUGGCCUGAGCACGGUGUUGUUUGCCCCUCGUGUUUCAAGCCAAAUCUACCGGCACCAUGCUGGAGGUCACUGCGCCUCCGGGAUAUUCGUUCCUCCCUGACGCUGGCUCUGAAGCGGAGAGCCAACUGGUUGCGGCUGGUGAAAAAGGUGUGUCUUGUCCAGAGUCCUUGAUUCGAGAUUCAAGCUUGCCCAUGUUGAAGAGUCACGUCGAAAGUCCAUGCACCGUGACGCUGACAACUAUUGCUGAGGAGUCGAUGAUGGAACAACCAUCCGCAUCUUUGCAGGUUGCGAAAACCAAUGGUGACGUCGACGGGGCAGCGGCGGGAGGAGGAAAAAGCAAAGAGGCAGGCAGUACCAGUGAAUCCGACACGGCCAAACCGAGCGCCAAACCACCGCAGAAGGCGCAAACCAUCCGUCUGGACCUGAGCGACAAGGUAACGCCGAGCAGACCUCCGCGAAGUGUGUGUUGGCUCGCGCGAGGAAGCGAGAGUGACUGGUAUGAGAAGAACAAAAACUCCAAGCUUUGUCUGAUUAGGCACCCCCGCACCUACCAUCUGACUGUUGCGGUCGCGGCGCCGCCGGGCCUCUGUGAGGGUAAUUUAGAGCGGAGUGAGAUUGGGUUUGACCUGUCCGAGCUGCGCUGCAAAGAGGAUCCCGGGUUCUGGAGUUACACCGUCAAGGGCGCGGCUGCCGCGACCACGGUGCGCGCAAGAGCUCACCGGCGGGUGAUGAAAGCCCGCUCCGUCGUCGACACUUUUGAUACAGACAGUUUCGUGACGGGUGCCAGUACGUCUUGCGGUAUCUCUCGACCGUGCCCAGCAGACAAGCCCUACUGUCGGGCAGAAAUUGACGGCGCUUGCACCUCGGAGCCGGAGUGGCACGGCAUACCACUGCAGAGAAUGGACCGCCCGGCUGGGGUGGAUGCUGGGGGGAGCCUGCAAGAGACAGCGAAAUGAGCCAGGUCCUGCGGGGGUUUCUCGUGGCCUGACAAAAAAGUUUUGUAAUUAAGCAACAUCAUAAUUUAUCAAGGGAAGCAGUCCAGUGCUUAUACUUUCUGUUGCCGAGGUCAGUUCCUGGGUGGUAGAAUCGACGCUACUGAAGCGGGAUUUGUUCUAGCAGCGUUUGUUGGAUGAAGUGGAGGCUUCACAAAGCAAUGAAAAUUUGUUUCAAUCCCAAACUAACUCAAGGAACAAGCGGCCCUAUUUCACUUCAGGGUGCAUCAUCGCUAGCAAAGUCUUUCCCAGUGUAGAGAACGCCGGCGAGGAGCGAGCGAUUCAGCAU